CCCUUGUCUUUCUUUCUCCAGCACCACACCUCUCCGCCAUGUCUUUCUCCGUUGACGACCUCGUCAGCUCCAUGUCCUCAAACCACAUCGGCCAGGAGGCCACGGACCUCGCUGCCCUACAGGCACAACUCGCACAGACCCUCUACCACUGCCAGACAAGCGAACACCGCCGCGCGACGCACGCCUGCACGCCUAUGGCCUGCACACCAACCUCGUCUUCCCUCUGGGAGCGUCCCGAGCUCGAUCGGAGGCGGAGUAACAGCGUUGUCAGUAAACGGGACAUGGAGGAGCAGCGCGAAACUGUGGACGCCAUGGACGAGGACGAGCUCAUGGUGGAAGAUAUGCUCUUCCCGUCUGUCGCUUCCGCACUCGACGCCACGUACCCCGCAUCCCAUAUGCCUCCACCUCCGUCACCAACUCUUUACCCCAGACACUCCCAUUCGCGCAAAUCCAGCGCCUCCGCCUCAUCGUUCUCGUCUAUGCACUACGACGUGCCGUCUGCGGGCAGCUCGUUGUUUGCAACGACAGACCCGUUUUACCUUGCGCAGAUGGCUGCCCAACAGAACAGUCCCGCGCCGUCUUUCUUCUCCCAAUUCGGCAAGCCUACGCAGCAGUCACCCUUCCUCAAAGGGCACCCGUUCGCUCACAGGCAAAACGUUUCAGAAGUUCACCCGUCGACAGCGUUCGUGCGGUAGACUGCUCUUGUCCUGGUUUUGCCGUACGGCCGCAUCAUCCGUCAGCAUAUCAUCACCUGGAAGAUGCAUUUCAUCCGAAUCCAUCAUUCGACCACCGCUUUCCGUCUGUAUUUGGCUGGAGAAGGAGAGUGCUCCCGAAAGUCUAAUCCCCGUCGGCUUUCGCACAGAAAAUAACACGCGACCCCGAGCCAGGGUCUCCCGCACUCGUCGGAGGGCAUUGUCGCUCACUCGGUGCUGGAGCUUUUGGCUUUAUCGGAAUCACUCCUGCAACCGACAUCCGCAGGUACUCUCAACUACAUUACAUAGACCAGUCCGAUAUGUCGCCAUCCCUGCAUUCCUCCCAUCAUUGAGCCUGUGCCAGACAGAUCCCAACUGGACUUCCGUUCCCCAUGUUCCGUCGCCUUCGCUUUGGCUUCCCACUCCCCACUAGCACGCAUUCCCACGCAUCAGUAGAUACCAAUUACCAAUGUUUGAACUCUGUACAACGCCGUCAUCAUAUUUAUCCAUGUAAUCG